UAUAAAAAGUAGUCACUUGACAGACGUCAACCGGAUCGCAAGCGCACGAAUGUAUUUCGUGUGAUAUUUUUGACAUUUUGUAAAAUAUAAAAUAACAUCGAGCGCGAACUACGAAAAGUGAUAACAGUAAUAUACGAUGAUUCUAAAUAUAACCAGUGAUUGUGUUUUGGUAAAAAAAUAACCUAGAAGUGACUUUGUUUUUUUUUGCUUGGCUCCCGGCUUCUAUCGUGUAUUCAGCCAGUAUGGAACGGAAAAAGGAAAGCAGUUCGAAACGUCAGAUAUUAACCGCUUUGGUUGCGACAAUACCAACCUUCACAUAUGGCAUCCAGAUCGGCUGGUUGUCUCCAAUGGGACCCCUGCUAAAGUCUAAAUCGACGCCUGCGCAGGACCCGUUGACGGACAGCGACAUCUCUUGGAUGGCGGCUGCACUACCACUAGCCGCCAUUUGUGGGAUACCGUUCUUCAGUUACGCGUCUGAUCGAUUCGGACGCAAGAUCUGUGUCAUUCUUGUUUCUUUAUUGUCUUGUAUAUCCUGGACGAUAAAACUGACAGCGAUUCUCCCAUCAGCCCUAAUAUCAGCGAGGGUGAUAGCUGGUCUCGCAGCGGGCGGCUGCUUCGUAGUAGUUCCAGUAUACCUUAAAGAAAUAUCGGAAGACACUCUUCGAGGGGCCCUAGGGUCCUUGAACAUGACUAUGUGUAAACUUGGAGUGAUAUUUGUGUAUGCUGUUGGUAUGGCCACCUCGUAUAGAGUGAACCAAGGAGUGUACCUCGCCGUGGCGGCUGUACAUGUGAUAGUCUUCUGUUUUAUGCCAGAAUCUCCCAAUUUUCUGCUGAAGAUUGGUGAGGAAAAGAAAGCAGCUAAAACGAUAUCCUGGCUGCGGAGCCUGAACAAGGACCACAACCAGGUCGUGGAAGAGCUGCUGAAGCUGAAGGAUGAGCAGCGGCAGUUCGAGGAGACCACCCGGGUCUCACUGCUCAGUGUGGUACGCGACCGUACGACGUUCUCGGCGCUUCGGAUGACUCUAAUGUUGAUGGCGAUGCAGACGCUCUCAGGGUGCUUCGCCCUCAUGAACUACGCAGCGGACGUGUUCCAUCGAGCGGGCACACAGUGGAGCCCCAACACGUUGGCAUUGGCUGUCGGCUCCCUGCAGCUCGCUGGGUCGUUUUUCACUACGAUAUCCAUUGAAAAGUUUGGACGAAAGGUUCCUCUAGCGUGCAGUUCUCUAGUGGUGUCGAUAUGUAUGACGACCCUGGCGACCUGUUUCCUGCUUGGCACCGGCGUGGUGAGCUGGUUGCCGGUGGUAGCCGUGUGUCUCUGUAUCCUGGCUUACGGAGCCGGUCUGGCACCAGUGCCCAUGGUCAUCAUGGCUGAAGUGUUCCCUUUUCAGGUGCGAGCACGAAUGGCCGGAGCAUCAAUGGCGUUUUCCUUUUUCUGCAGUUCAAUGACCGUCCUGUUCUACACGCCCAUAGCCAACCAAUUCGGAGCCUACGUAGUAUUUUACACCUUCGCAGCGGUAACAUUGUUCGGCGUACUCUACACUGUCCUAUGGGUACCAGAAACUAAAGGAAAAAGCUUAGAAGAAAUCCAAAAAUAUUGGAAAAAGACUGAACCAGUAUUUGUGUGAAGUUGUGAACUAUGCCUUAUUUGAGAGACAUUGGUUUGAGGUGCACAUUCCCUUUUGUAGUUUUAUUUAUGAGAUUAUUUAUGGGAUGGUGAUGACGAUGUAAAGGAAAAAUCUAUGUAUCAAUCAGUUCAUCAUAUUUAUUAGACACGUGUUUUCUGUUUUAUAAGACAAAUAACAAUCUAGAAUCUGUUAUAACAUUAUAAUAUUCAAAUAUGUAUCUCGUCGUAAGUGUUUUAAGUCACAGCAAGAAAAUACGUAUCCAUUUUUUUUCAAUAAUGCACGCUACACACCUUACCUUUUAACCGUGCAUUUUUAACUGUACAGUCUGACUGAAGAUUUAUCAUACAGUUUUACUUAUUUUUCUUCGUAAUGCCCCGAGUUACAAGCGUUCAUACGCUACGGGGCUUCCCACCUUGGUCCAUACAGCUUACAGAUUUUACGAUUACAUUGCACAGUUAAACCGUAAAGUGUAACAGUUAACCGCUACUAACCUUCAAAAAUGACGUAAUAAAUAAUAUAUAUUAAGUAUCAUCAUAUCAUCUUCCCUAUUGAAUCUCUUUUCGUCCAAAUAUGUUAAGAAUCUAAAAGUAUUCUUAUAGGCCAGGCCAGUAUUCUUCUUUUGUAGAUAGUACAUAGUAGGAUUGUAGUAUCUUAAUGUGGAAUAUCUAUUAUUUUAUUUUAUUUAUUUAUUCUUUUUGCAACUAUAUUUUAUAAGAGUGGGCUUGGCAGGAAUGCCUAUAGUAUUCUUACUAGCCAACCUUUAGGUGAUGCAGUAAGAAUGUGGUCGGUGCAACAAAGUGAAAAAAAAAACAAUCGUAAAAAAAACGUAAUUUUUAAAUGUAUGGUAGGUACCAUCUUAUGUCUGCAUCAAUUUCCACUUCCUCUAAAUAUUUGGCAGUUAGUAAUACAUAUUAUUAAUUUAUACUAUUUAAGUAAUAUUGAUUCCUUAGAUACGUAAGUUUGUGAGAAGAAAUGAAAAUUAUAAAUUUUCUCAAAAUUGAAAUCUCAUUUCAGUAUUUUUGUUAUCUUUUCUAUAAAAUAACUUAUAAAGAGUCCGUAAAAGACUACUUCGGUUCGUUGUUAUAAACGAGUGUCAAAAGUGAUUUAUUUAUUGUAUAAAUUAUUAUGAAUCAUUUCCUUGUGAGAAUAACCUUUGUAUAUACACGUGUAAUGGGUACAUUUAAAUAAAAAACGUAGGUAUAAUAAAUUUAUGUCUAUUUAUUGUUAUCAGUGAACGUGAACAUAACCUCUUAGCAUCAGGGUAUUGUGAUAGGUACACAGAAUGGAAUUAAAAAUGUAAAACGACCAAGAAA